AAAAAAAAAUUUGAUAAAAAUACACACACAAAUAGAACUAAUAAAAAGCAAACAGAAAUGUCAACUUCAACAGAAAGAAAAUAAAACUAUUUAUAUGAUGAAAUUAUAGGUCAAGGAUUCGAUGCAGAAGUGUUUAUGAACUAUAUGGCAGAAGCAAAAGAAGAUGGUACAAAUAUUGAGAGAUGGACAAUGGCCGAAUUAGUCAAUAUAGUAAGUGAAUUCAAGGAUAAGUAUUCUAACUCAUAGCUUUAGCAAGAAAAUAACAAUGCAAAUGAUUAUAAUAGUUAAGUUCAUUAGCCAUAAUAGAAUUAUGAUACCAAUAAUCCUUACGGAUAUGAUAAUUAAUACAGCGCUGCUGCAUCUACUAUAAAUCAUGAGAAGCCUUAAGUACAUGAGGAACCACAAUUUGAGAAAAAACAAAGUGAUAAUAAAUAAACUGAUUUGAAAUUUGGAGGAUUUUAAUAAGAUUUUAAUUAGUAAAGUCUUAAUUAAUAAAAUAUUUAAUAAUAGAGUUCAGUAAACAUGUAGACAUCUUAAAAUUAUAGUUUUCAGCAAAGUUAGGUUUAAGCAAAAUAAAAUUAAUAAGAAGCAGCAAUCAAGCCUAAUACCGGAUCCUAAAAUAUUAAGAAUAAUGAAAUUAAUUAAUAACCUUAAUAGCCUUUAAAUGAUAUGAACGCGAGCAAAAAUAAACCUUAAUUUUCUGAAACAAUACAAUUUGACCCUGGUUUGAGCAGCUUGAUUAAAGCCUCUGAUCCAUUUUAAAAUUUUAAUAGCUCAUAAAAAAGCAAUAUGCCAACCCAAAAUUUUGAAAACAGUCAUAUCUGGAGUAAUCCCUUAGGAAACAAUAUCCAAAGUAGCAAUAAUAAUUGGACUGCAACAUCUUAGUCAGAUCCAUUUGCAAUGAUUAGUACAGGGAAAACUUAAGAUCCUUUUGCUAUGGUUAAUUAAGGAAAUAAUUAAGAUCCUUUUGCUAUGUUCCAAUCAACAACUAAUACAGUAAGUUCAUAAAACUAAUCUGAUAAAAAUGAUCCAUUCAGUAGUUUUUAUUAACCUCAAACAGCAUAAAAAUAGUAAUAAUAGCCAUAAAAAAUACCUUCAUAACCCCCAGCACCUGUUCACUAAAAUCCUUAAACACAAAAAACAAAUGAUAUUGAUAUAGAAGAUUUUUUAUUUGGUGGAAUAGGUAGUAAUAAUAAAGCACAAAAACCAAAUCCACAAAUAAAUGUUUAAACAGCUGUAGCUGCUCCAGUAGUUGCAGCAGUAGGAGUCAAAGCUAUAAAUAAUAAUAUUAGUAAUAAUAAUAGCAAUAUUCAAUAGGUUUAGGAUUAGUCUAAAAAUAAGUAAGCUGCUUAAUAAGUUAGUUCUGCUGCAUAGAAAUAACCUUAAAAAUAAACAAAUUAAAAUCAAGAUUUAACUUCUCAAAUAAAAGAACCUGUACCAAACAGCAAUAAGAAUAGUGAAGAAAAAUACAAAACAGAAAAAGCAUGUAAAAAGAGCGUUUAAACAGUUGUUGGUGUAAAGCCUGAAGUCGUAGUUUCGAUAGUAGAGCAUGAAAUAGUUCAAGGAUCUUUGUUCAGUAUUGGAGGAAGUAAUUUAGCUAUCUAUCAUGUUAAGACAAUGCCUUUUAACUGGACAGUUAAAAGAAAAUAAAAUGAUUUCAUUUGGCUUAGAAAUAUUCUAAUAAAAAUGUAUCCAGGUAUACCUAUUCCUCCACUUCCUGGAAAGACAAUGAAGUCCCUCGAUGAUAAGCUUGUCUAAAGGAGAAAAGGAUAUUUUGAAAGUUUCCUAUAUGAGAUUUUAUCUUAGCCUGAUCUUAAGUCUUCUAAAUUUAUAACAGAUUUCCUUUCCAUAGGCGAUGAUAAAAUAUUUAAACAGAGAAUAAAAGAAACAGAAAAAUGCAAUCGUCCUAAAAAUUUAAACGAAAUAGAAACAACUUCAGGAAAAAUCUAUUUAAACAAAAAUCCUGAGUGCAACAAUCAUUCUUAAAUAAUAUCAGAAUACUUUACUGAAAAUGAUUAGUGCUAUGAAAAGUUGAAAAAACUCUCCAAAUAGUUAAUGGAUGCUUAUGGUCAUGUAGGAGGUAUUCUACAUUAAAUGGGUGAUACUUUUGCUCAGCUUCACACAAAUGUUGUAACAUACGAUUAAAAAGCUAUGCAAUCUUCUUAGAUUAAGGAAUUAGAAGAAACAUACAAAAUAAUGAAUAAUAUGUGUGUAAUGCAAGCGAAUUCCUUUUCAGAUCAAAUUAAAAUUUUCUAAAAUCACUUUUAUAAUUUCUUCAAAUUCCACAAAGACAAUCUCACAGGAUUAAAAGAAGUUGUAAAGACAAGAAAUGAGUUGAACUAAAUCCUUGCUAAAAAAGAUUCAAAUGAAAGUAGUUUUUCAAAUAUCUUUAGAUCAUCAAAGGAGGCAGUUUACCAUCCCUCAAAAAUAUUGAAAGAAUUGGAUGAGUAAGUAGGCUACUAUAAUGAGAUGAUGCUGCUUGGAACUCGAAAAAUAUUACAUAAUCGUGCUAAUACUUAUUCAAAGCAUUUUAUGACGUACUGCAAUUUACAAAAAUCUAUUGUUGCAGAAAUGGGCACUGUUUGGCAGGAUAUUUCAGAUCAUUUUAAUAAUGUUUUGAAAAAUGAAAUUGGAAAGAAGAAAAUAGAAAUAAUGAAAAAAGUAAAUUGA